AUGAAACUUAUCCAAGCUUUCCUAUUCUCUUGCUUUAUCUAUCAUUCUUCGACUGCCUUCAGUCCGAGCCGGCAAGGUUUUGGACAUGAUGUCUUUGUUCUGAGACACUCUUGGCAUGAUUCGGAUUUCUACAACAGUCAAAGUGACCGGACUCGAAGACCUCUUCACGACAAGGGCAAAGACAACGCAUAUGAUCCCAAUCAUGAAGAAAAGUUUAGUGCUUCUCUCUACAGGAGGCCGGGAUCCGCUACUUAUUCGCCACCACCACAUGCUGAGCCAAUUUCGCAUCCACAGCAUGCCAUUCAGCCUCCUGCUCCUGUUGCACCUACUCAACCAGCUAUCCAGCCUACUCCAAACUUUGCCGCAGCUCCAGACUAUCAAGCAAAUGCAAUGCAGCAAAAUGUUUUGGCUAGACAAGCAAACGCAAUGCAGCAAAAUGACGUCGAUAGACGACUCGAAAGUGUGGAAAAUAGUCUUGAAGAAAUCAAAUUGACAUUGAACUACAUUGCUUCGCUGAUGGAAAAGAACCAGCAAUAA